UGUUAACCUACUUGGUAAUAAAACCGAUUGUGAUCUAACAUAAUUAGUUAUAUUUCAGGUCUGUCCACCACCACCUUCUCCCCCCAUCUCCCCCCUGUUUCCUCCAUCUCUUCCUUCAGCAGCCCCAUGGCAGCUCACCCCUCUCUUUCCUCCCCGUUCCCCCCUCCCUCCACACUCUCCUCUCCUUAUACAAGCAGCUCUCCAUUUCCUCCCCUCUCCUCUCCAUCUCCAUCUUUUCCUCCCCCCCUCUCCUCCCCCAUGGCUCCGCCUCCUCCCCUCUCGGCUCCUCCCCCUAUGGGUCCGCCUCUCUCAAACUACUCCAUGAGCGCAGGAUAUGACAUCACUCGGGGUCACGCAGGAAGAACGCCACAAACACCGCUGAUGCCCACAUUCUCCAGUCCCAACGCCAUGCCAGGGAUGGGUCCGAACCCCAUGGUCCAGCAGCCCCUGAUGAUGGGGGGAGUCGACGGAUCUCCCAUCACCUUCCCCGAGGAGCAGGAGGACCCCAGAGCGCCGAGCCAGGCCAACGCUGGGGGGGGAUUCUGGGGCUUCUUCAGGGUAAGACCUCCAUGAUCGAAUGUGGCCGUG